GUUUCUUCGUUCGUCAACCGUCAUAUACUAUUACAUGAACCUCACUUUUUGUCCCACCAAAAGGCACUACACUUUCUUGAAAUAUUAAAACAAAAUUUCUCCAAUUUUCCUUUUUCUCUAGGGAAACAAAGCUGCCGGUCCCGGUUACUUUGCUAAUCCCUGGCGAACCAUCCAUUCACUCUUUUGUUUACAAUUUUUUUUCCGCAAAGAAAAAAUUAAAGACUAUGGUUUGGGGCCUUUUUCCUAUUGAUCCACUUCCAGGUGAAGAUAAUUACUAUUUCUUCAAUAAAGGUACAUAUAAAGUUGGUCGAAAAGGAUGUGAUGUCAUUGUCAACAAGGAUAAAGGAGUUUCAAGGAUCCAUGCAGAGAUUUUAAUAGAUGAGAUGAUUUCUUUGGAUCAGUCGUUGAAGAAACCCUCAAAUAUUUUGUCUAAAGUACGUAUAAGAGACUGCUCAAAGUAUGGUACAUUCCUCAGCAAGAAUAUGGAUUCAAAGGAGAAAGUUCAUGAGUUUCCAAAUAAAGAAACAAUGCUUAAGGAUGGGGAUCUAGUUUCUUUUGGAACUGGUAAUGCAACUUACAGAUUCUCCUAUGUGUCCUUCAUAUUUUUCAUUUGCUCCCCGAAGCAUUCAAAGACAAAUCAACUUAUUACAAAGAAGGUAUCAUCAAUAGGUGCAAGUAUAAGUAAAAAGUGGAGUUUGGACUGCUCACAUGUGCUUGUAGAUGACUCCUUUCCACUGAGUGAGGAUCUGAUUGAUGCUAUUGUCGCUAGAAAACCCUUGGUUCAAUAUAGUUGGGUUGAGCUAAUUGCAGGAAAAACUCUUUGCACCGAUAUUCCAAGCUGCAGUUCUCAUGCACCAAAAUUGAUGCUGGAAGGAGUGUCCGGGAAAGUGGUAGAUCCUCAGUCUCGGGAGUGUUGUUUGAAAGGAUAUACAUUUUUGCUGGAACCAGAAAACAAGUAUAAAUUUGAGGGCAGGUUGCAGUCCUUACUGGAAGUUGGGGGUGCCAGCAUUUCUUCUGCUGAAAUGGCCUUGGAAAAAGAUGGAAAUGAUCGUCUGGUAUGUGUAGUUCCAGCAGGAUCAAGCAGCUUUAAGUGUUUUUCUAACCAUAGUUCCUUGCCUUCAGUGAGUGAGAUAGAUCUGGUUUCUGCGGUUCUUUCUGGAUAUCUGGAUCCUUCUCUAAUCACAUCCCCACCGGUGCUCGUUACAUCUUCAUGCUCCACAGAUGAGACACUGGUUGCAGACUCAGAUGCAGAAACAGAAAGUGCAAAAUCAGAUCACAUUGCUGCUGCUGUCUGUUCAAUAGAUACUUCAGAGCAUGACAGCAAGAGAACAACUUCUACACACAAAUUAGAAUCUGUUGAAUAUUAUAACGAAGAUAAGUGUUCUGUUCAAAUAGUUAUACCUAGUGAUAAUGUAUCCAUGAGGGACACAUCUCCCAGUUCAACAAAACCUGAUAAACAUGAUGGAGAUCACAUACCACAUGAUGAUGCUACCAUCCAUGACCCUGAAGGUAGUUACAUCAGGCGCUUAGGUGUCAAAAGUGAUAAUACACUGGCAAAAGAAGAUAUCACUGAUGAGCGGGAAAAUGGGAAGUUAGACAUCAUAUAUAGCCAAGAUUUGAUUGUUAAAGAUUCUAUCAUGUCAUUACCAGUCUCUUCUUCAACAAAAGGUGGAGUUACAAACUUUAAGCGCUUCCGUAAGGCAAAUGCUCCACCCCAGAAUAGCUUUGAAAUCUUCGUUCCGUUCUCCAAGUAUCCAUAUCAAGAAUCUGAGUGUAAGAAUGAGGAUAUUGCUGAAUCCAUUAAAGAAGAGAAAAAAAGAAAACAGAUGGAAGCUGUUGCCGAGGACCUGUUUAACAGUGAAAAGGGAAGACGACGUGGUGUUGCUGGUUCCCUGCAUGGGUUGUUUGCUCGUAGAUAAUAUGGGUUAGUGAACUGAAGAGCUUUAUAGAGGAUCAAUUAUCUGAUCAUUCUCAUGGCUUCUACACUUUCAAGCAACAAGACUGGAAUUGGCUCAACUGUGAUUUUACAUGCAUGAUGAUUAGCUGCCUACAAUAUACCAGAGAUAUGCAAAUGUACUUGUUCGAACAACUGAGACAUUUUGUUGGUAUUGCUACUUUCUUAGCGAACACUGUAGAUAAGACUCUCUUUUCUUUUCCCAUUGUAUGAGAUGGGAAAGUCAUCUUUGUUUUCAGGAUCAUAUGUGUUGAGCUAUUGUAUCGCGUCAUUCUUGAAACUAAUUUUUUCUGAAGUUUGGGACAUGACUUUUAAUUUAGGAGGAUGCAAAAUAUCUGAAGUUUGCUUGCUUCCAAGUUGUCUUGACCCGUAUGUUUGAAAUUUGUAAAGUCCGAAUCAGAUUUCUUCAA